AUGGAGGAGGAGGAGGAAGAGGAGGAGGAAGAGGAGGAGGAAGAGGAGGAGGAGGAGGAGGAAAGGUGCCCAGAAGAGAAAGAGAAGCGCACGCGCGCGAGAAGGGGGGCUCCGACGGCGGGGCCUCCCGCAUUCCCUCCGCCGCGGUGA